AAUCUGAUAAUCAAUUUUCAAAUAUCAUUGGUGCUAUCCUUGCGGUAUAUGAUUGGUCGUCAAUUUCAUUCGAUUCUUGGAAUUUUUGGCCACUUACUAUAGUUAGCGUUAUUGGCAGUUUUAUUUUUGUGUUGGUAUUGCAAAAUGUAAUCAUUUCAUACAUGGGUGCUGCUUUUUCUGAUGCUGUUGAAAAUAGUAAACGUGGUGUAUAUGGCUUUCAAAUUGAAUUGAUUUAUGAUUUUGCUCUUCUUAAAUCAUUAGAACUUAAUAAUUUGGAUUAUAAGUUCAAUGAUAAAUUAAGAGCAAAAUACAUUUGUUUUUAUGAUGAUCCAUCUAUCACGAGUGGAUAUGAUAAUUUGUCAAUCGAAAACUGUAAAUUUAUUUGGGAACCAGCAAAUGAGAAGGAAAAUGAUUUUUGA